CAAUCGUUCUCGUUCAAUUCGUUCAGACGUUCAACGUUGGCUGUCGUUCACUCACCCAUUUUGUUUUGACAGCUGACGGCGUGAAAAUGUCGGCUCACAAGACAUUUAUUAUCAAGCGCAAGCUUGCGAAAAAGCUUAAACAAAACAGGCCGAUCCCGCAAUGGGUGAGAAUGCGCACAGGAAACACUAUUCGGUACAACGCUAAGAGGCGUCACUGGAGGAGGACGAAGCUGAAGCUGUAAGCUUGUACCACCUGUAGCUGUUAAGCUGAAUAAACUCUUCUAAAUCCA